AUGGCAGCGCCGCCACCUCGACAUGCAGCCGCGCAGCACCCUGCUAACGGCUACACCACAACGGCUCACGCCCCCUUUGCCCACACGGCGUCUUCGAGAGCACAUAGGGAGAAGGAACGAAUCAGACAAGUCACAGAAGCCGCUAUCCGUCGCGAGAGAUUGGCUGCCUCGUUCGACCAAACGACGUUCGACGCUGAAGUGUACGCGCAAGGCCGCGACGAAACAUCUCCCGCACCGCAGCAGCCUCCAGCAGACCGACUGCCAGAAGAGAGCGACCGUCUGCACCUCGCUUUCGACCCGCGGAUCCACUGGCCGCUGCGCUGGACGGAAGAGUGGUACGACGCCAAGAUGGCGGAGAUUAGGGCGCGAGGCGGCAGGAAAGCCCACUUUGGACGCGCAGCGCAGCGGCGGCGGGACGUCAGACGCCAGGCCGAAGCCCGGAUGCGGGCCGACAAGGCGGCGCUUGCUCUCGGCCAGCCGCUGCGGCGGCACCCGCCCGCGCCGUGGACGCAUAGCCGCCCUGUGGAUUUCGGGGACGUUUCGGAGAGCGAGCUGCCGGACUAUGUCAAGGCCAACCCGUCAUGGCUGCGCGCCUGCGAGUGGAUGCGCUCGAACCGCGCCCAAGUCGUGCACAUUGCGCAGCAGAAGAUGCGGCGGAAAGCAGCGGGCGAAACGAUCCAGAACUUGCUGGGUCAGGGGAGGGGGUCUGUCGCGGCGGACGCCGUGACCAACGGACAGGCGGCUUCGCCGAGUGGGCGAGCCUGA